ACACAAUCACUCCUAACUUCUGGGACUCUUCUUUGCGCAACUGCUGGGAUUUCUUAAGUGCAUGUGGCAACUCAGCCCAGCUCCGGGUGGAAACCGGUGGGGCUCCAGAGGGUCUCGGAGGCCCCGGGAGCUGUCAAGGCUGCGGCCGGGACAGCAGAGGAUCGAGGCGCAGGCGGCUUAGGGGAAAGCACCACAACUUUCCACCCCAGCUGCAGCUCUUUCGGCCGCCGAGAAUUUCCUCCGAAACCACAGCUGCGGAGCAACCAAGUGCAUGGGGCGCAGCACUUCCCCACGUUGUGGGAAGUAAAGGAGCCUUCCGACGCUCUUUAUCUCUUUUCCUUUGCUUUCUGCUGGUUUGCGAGCCUUUUCCUCCGACCGUCCCGCGUCUGUUGUGCGCUCGGAGCAGGGAAAGUCCAUCAGCUUGAUAAUGGAGGAGAACAAUGACUCCACAGAGAACCCCCAACAAGGCCUAGGGCGGAGUAAUGCCACGAAGUGUGGGUGGCUGAGAAAGCAAGGAGGCUUUGUCAAGACUUGGCAUACCCGCUGGUUUGUGCUCAAGGGAGAUCAGCUCUAUUAUUUCAAAGAUGAAGAUGAAACCAAGCCCUUGGGUACUAUUUUUCUGCCUGGAAAUAAAGUCCUUGAACAUCCCUGCAAUGAAGAGAGCCCAGGGAAAUUCCUUUUUGAAGUAGUUCCAGGAGGCGAUCGAGAUCGGAUGACAGCAAAUCAUGAGAGCUACCUCCUCAUGGCGAGCACCCAGAAUGAUAUGGAAGACUGGGUGAAAUCCAUCCGCCGAGUCAUCUGGGGACCUUUUGGAGGAGGCAUUUUUGGACAGAAACUGGAAGAUACUGUCCGUUAUGAGAAGAGAUAUGGGAACCGUCUGGCUCCAAUGUUGGUGGAACAGUGUGUGGACUUUAUCCGACAAAGGGGGCUGAAAGAAGAGGGUCUCUUCCGACUACCAGGCCAAGCUAACCUUGUUAAGGAGCUCCAGGAUGCCUUUGACUGUGGAGAGAAGCCAUCAUUUGACAGCAACACAGAUGUGCACACAGUGGCAUCACUUCUCAAACUGUACCUCCGAGAACUUCCAGAACCAGUUAUUCCCUACGCGAAGUAUGAAGACUUUCUGUCGUGUGCCAAACUGCUCAGCAAGGAAGAGGAAGCAGGUGUUAAGGAAUUAACAAAGCAGGUGAAGAGUUUGCCAGUGGUCAAUUAUAAUCUCCUCAAGUAUAUUUGCAGAUUCUUGGAUGAAGUACAAUCCUAUUCCGGAGUUAACAAAAUGAGUGUGCAGAAUUUGGCCACUGUCUUUGGCCCCAAUAUCUUGCGCCCCAAAGUGGAAGAUCCUUUGACUAUCAUGGAGGGCACCGUGGUAGUCCAGCAAUUGAUGUCAGUGAUGAUUGGCAAACAUGAUCACCUCUUCCCCAAAGAUGCAGAACUGCAAAGCAAGCCCCAAGAUGGAGUGAGCAACAACAACAAUGAAAUGCAGAAGAAAACCACCAUGGGUCAGCUACAGAACAAGGAGAACAAUAAUACCAAGGACAGUCCUAUUAGGCGGUGCUCUUGGGAGAAGCCCGAGUCUCCCCAGAGAAGCAGUGUAGAUAAUGGAUCCCCCACAGCUCUGUCAGGCAGCAAAACUAACAGCCCAAGGAACAGUGUCCAUAAGCUGGAUGUUUCUAGGAGUCCCCCUCUUAUGGUCAAAAAGAAUCCCGCCUUCAAUAAGGGCAGUGGGAUUGUCACCAAUGGAUCCUUCAGCAGCAGCAAUGCAGAAGGUCUUGAGAAAACCCAAACUACUCCCAAUGGGAGCUUACAGGCCAGAAGGACCUCUUCACUGAAGGGGUCUGGUACCAAAAUGGGCACCCACAGUGUACAGAACGGAACAGUGAGAAUGGGCAUUUUAAACACCGACUCACUUGGGAACCCCAUGAAUGGUCGCAGCAUGACCUGGCUGCCCAAUGGCUAUGUGACCCUGAGAGAUAACAAGCAGAAAGAGCAGACAGGAGAGUCAGGCCAGCACAACAGGCUCUCCACCUAUGAUAACGUCCAUCAGCAGUUCUCCAUGAUGAACCUUGAUGACAAACAGAGUGUUGACAGUGCCACCUGGUCCACUUCCUCCUGUGAAAUCUCCCUCCCUGAGAACUCCAACUCCUGUCGCUCCUCUACAACCACCUGCCCAGAACAAGACUUUUAUGGUGGGAACUUUGAGGACCCUGUUUUGGAUGGGCCCCCGCAAGACGAUCUUUCCCAUCCUGGGGACUAUGAAAACAAAAGUGACAGGAGGAGUGUGGGAGGUCGAAGUAGUCGUGCCACCAGCAGCAGUGACAACAGUGAGACGUUUGUGGGAAACAACACCAGCAACCACAGUGCACUGCACAGUUUAGUGUCCAGCCUGAAACAGGAAAUGACCAAACAGAAGAUAGAGUAUGAGUCCAAGAUAAAGAGCUUAGAACAGCGAAAUUUGACUUUGGAAACAGAAAUGAUGAGCCUCCACGAUGAACUGGAUCAGGAAAGGAAGAAGUUCACAAUGAUAGAAAUCAAAAUGCGGAAUGCAGAGCGUGCAAAAGAAGAUGCUGAGAAAAGAAAUGACAUGCUUCAGAAAGAAAUGGAGCAGUUUUUCUCCACGUUUGGGGAGCUGACAGUGGAACCGCGGAGAACCGAGAGAGGAAACACAAUAUGGAUUCAGUGAGCCUGCUUUCUCCCGCUGUCUCUGGUGGAUCUGGGAAGGACUCUGGGGGUUCCAUGGGAAAAUUACAUGGGAUCAGGUGGCUGGUCACCUGGCUGUACAGUGCUCUAACUGGUGAAGGAAUAUCAUUUACAGACAUUUACCAUUCAUAUCUGCAACAUGUACCAAAGUUAUACCAUGCCCCAUAUGCUACUGUCAAGUGUUACAACUGGAUAUGUGUAUAUAGAGUAGUUUUUAAAAAGUAAACUAAAAAUGAAAAAAGCAUAUCUCAAAAAUUAUUUUAUUGCAAGUCUUGUAUUUAAAAUGUUAAAUCAAUAUGUUGUUGCAAUUUAGCUUGCUUUCAAGCUUCACCCCUUGCACUUAACAUAAGCUAUUUUUGGCAUUGUGUUAUCAUCAGCUUAUUUUAUAGAUCAAUAUUUCUAUUUCCUUUUUUGCUGAGGAAAUGAAGAUAAGCAGAUAUAUGAAAAUAUAUAAAUAUAUAUAAGAUGAGUUAUUAAAAUCAAAAGAAUACUUUGUGGCUGUGCUGUUUGUGCCAAUAGACUCUAUCAAUGACCAAAAAGAUAAAUGUAAAUAAUUUUAUAAAAUACAGUAGAAUCACCAGGAACCUUUGAACUGCUCUUUAAAUUCUUCCCUAGAUACUGCUCAGUUUUCUUUGUGAGAUGAUUUGACACAAGAAAUUUUGGACCUUGUAAAAAAGCCCCUUUUUCAAGCCCCCUGGUCUGCUUUGCCAGUUCUAUGCAGGAUGAACCUUAGAGGAGAGAGAAGUGGGAAAGAAAAGUAUUUAACCAGUUGUGCCCUGAAUUACUCUGUCCUUCUGGGCAGAAUCUCUGUAACUGCAGCAUGGUUGCAUGAGAAAUUCUUCCUGCCAUUUGGAAGCUGGGAAACAAUGCUUGCUAAACCGCUGUCCUCACACGUGCAAUGCCAUUGCGUAAGCACCUGCCUUCCACUCAGACCUCUCCCCUGUCCCCAGGUAACUGCACUUUGGGACACCAGCAGCAAAAUAGUAGUCCUGUGUCCCUCUUGGUUAAACGGCUGGAGUGUGUGCGCAGAGUAAUGUUUUUCUCUCACUGGGGCUGACUGUUCUGCUGUCAUCUGGGAUUCUCUCUGAGUGACAGCGGGAAGGGCAUUGUUCUGCAAGAGAGAGGUGAUGGAGGGAACAGGGCCAGGAGGAGGAGACAGGAAAAACAAACCAACCAUUUGCUUCUAAUGUUUACAGUAUUUUUCUUCCCUAUGGAAACACAGUCAUUCACAAUAAUUUUAAGAUAUGAAUGCUUAAAGGUCCAAUUUUGAAAAAUUGUGAACAUUAGUAACGAUAACUUUGUAGAGAAGCUUGGAUUUCUCAGGAGCUAGAGUUUUGGGAGAAGAAUUCUUUACAUGUCAGUAAGAUAAUAUUUUUAAGGAGCUAAGCAAAUAAAUCUCACACAAAACCAAAAAGUCACUGAAGGCAUAAUCGGAAAUAAAUACUACUUGAGUGUAUGGGAUUUGUGUGUUUGUGUGUAUUUAUUUUUUCC